CGCUUAUUAAAAAGCAGAAAUCUACCCCGAAAAUUUCAAUAGACCGAAAAGUCAGAACUAACCAUGUAUAUCUCAUAUUUAACUGUGUCCGGAUUCUCGUUUCUUCUUUGUUUUGAUUAUAUGCUUGUUGAUGGAUUUAAAGUUCGUGAACAUGAAUCACAUCAAGAUAGAAGUUUGGAAAGCUUUAUAAAAUGUUUAAAAGGUUGUGAAGAAAAGGACAAGGAUUCAAGCUCUUUGUUCCAAAGAAUUAGACGGUCGGAGAAGUCAUUAGAACUUGUUCCAGCAGGAAAAGAAACAGAUAGUUUAGUCUCAGGCAAAGAACUCAAAGAGACGGGAAACAAAAUGAACAAUGAUGAACAUAUUUAUGUCACAAAUAAACCCACUCAUAAAACAACAUUAUCUGAUAUUUUACUUUCACGAACUGGUACCAGACAUUUUGUGUCUGUAACUGAAGGGUUGGAUAGCAGUCUAGAAAGUUCAGACCAAAGUUCACAAGAAUUACAUGAUGAUGUGGGAGGCCAUGAAGAUGUAGUUGACCAUGGAGAUGUUAGUUCCAGUUGGAACUGUCAUCAUUUAUGUUUGCGUAAUUCAAAUAUUUUUGGUUAAACACAUCAAUGGAAGUUUGGUUUAUAAACAUAGACUAAAAGAGAUCUGACGUUUUAUGUUUCUUCCGUUUGUACACUGGCGAUUUGUGUUCUUCUAUGUAUAUACUGACGUCUCAUGGUUCUUUUAUGUCUCCACAAACGAAUUAUGUUUCUACAAUGUGUAUACAUACUGACGUUUUAUGCUUCUUUUGUGUAUAUUCUGACAAAUCCUUUCUAUGUUUCUGAGUAUUUACUGACUUUUUUUUAAGUGUAUAUACUGACGAUUUAUGUUUCCACAGUGUGUAUACUGACGAUUUAUGUUUCUUCUGUGUAUAUGUUGUAUGUGUGUUCGAAGUAUAUGUUAACGAUGUACGUUCUGAUGUAUGUAUGCAUGUGUGUUAUGUGUACACGAUGUGCAUUUUUUUCUGUGUAUAUAUACUGACGAUUUUUUCCCUUUUUUUAGCUCACCUGGCCCGAAGGGC